UACCAAAAAUUUCGCCGGGGCCUCCUCAGGAGGCCGAAAAAACGCCUCCUGAAGGGCACAACGGCUGAAGAUGCUCUUAGCUCAUCUUGGAACCCACUUACGGGCACGACUACAACUCAUGAAAAAGAAGAGCAGGUUGUAUAUAUCAAAGGGCCCCUCUUUUCACUUUCCAGCGAUUCCUUAGGUGACCCACACAAACAUUCCGUCUCAGCUCAUAAGCUCCAUAUAAAUGCAACUUCUUGCGUUGUCCAUGAUUCCACCAGCCUGCCUUAUAAUGUCUUGAGAGCUCUCCACAAGAACUUCCAGCUCCAAGCUCCAACCGGAGGCUUCAAAAAUGACUUCAGAACCAGAGACACCGCGAAUAACCGAGCUCCAUGUAAGGAUGGACUGCAACGGGUGCGUGCACAAGAUCAGGAAGACCCUGAGCGGCAUUGACGGUGUAGGUGAGGUACAUGUUGAUCAACCUAACCACAAGAUCACGGUGGUGGGGAUCGCUGAUCCUGCGAAGAUCGUCAAGGCCAUCAGGAAGACCAACAGGGUUCCCACCAUCUGCUCACACACCGACCCUGCAGCUCCGGCGCCACCCGCGGAAGGGGGAGAAGCCCCGGCUGCAGCUCCGGCGCCAUCCGCGGGAGGGGGAGAAGCCCCGCCUGCAGCUCCGGUGCCACCCGCGGAAGGGGAAGCCCCGGCUGCUGAUGCGCCUCCGCCUCCGCCUCCGCCUCCGCCUGCAGAAGAGGCACCAGCAGAACCCACCGCGGCAGAGAACAAAGAGGCGCCGCCGGCUGAAACGCCAGCCACCGCCAUGAUAUACAUGGUGCAUGACUGCCCAUACAGCCACCAUGCGUACAAAGGUCACUGGGCAGUCCAUCCGAGCAACAUCCAUGGCGUCAGAUAUGAAUAUGAUGCUGCCGCACCAUAUUACGCAGCACAUAGUCGUAGCUAUAGUCCUUGCACAUCAGAGUACGGACAUGGGGGCUCUUCUGCCCAAGAAGGAAGAUGCUACUACCAUCCAGCGGCUGCUAGGGGAAGAGGAGAUGGGAGCCAGAUCACUUCGAUGUUCAGCGAGGAGAAUCCCAACGCAUGCAGCAUAGCAUAAUUAAAAAAGAGGCCGUUUGCGUAAGGAAUCUGUUUCUGUAAACUCUUUCGGCCAGAAAGGGCAAGAGAGACAGAUUUUGCUUUUUGCCUACAUAUGAAGGUGUAAAAUGGAUAUAGGGUUUAGUUUUUUAUAAGGUGGAGCGUGGGAUUUGUAGAGGUAACGCAGGUCGAAUAAUAAGAUGCUUUUUUUUGCCAAUUGAGCAAA